AUGUCCUCCCUCCAUAACCCGGGCAUCGGCCCAAGCAUUCAUCCCAACGGGGUCUCCAGCACCCCAACCAAGCAAAUCGACCUCGCCCAAAACCCCUACGCGUCUGAAUCCAAAUGGCGCCACGUCGAGUCAACCGCCUUCGCCCGCUGGGAGCGUGAGAACCCUCGCCCGGAGAUUGGCGGCAUCAGCCCAUCCUCCCAUGCGGCUGCUGGUGUCAGAAGCAGUGGCAAUGGCCCUCAAGAAUACAAAAUCAUCUGCGGCCCCCUCCUCAACUUUCGUCGCAUGGAAGGUCACGGUCGCCGCUGGUUCGGCAGCGUGCUGAUUGUGACUGAGGGCGGGGGGAUGAUUGUGCCUGAGAAGGGGCAACGCCCGGUACUGAAGCUCCGCCGGGUUGGGAAUAGCGAGAAGAAUGUGCAGUUUAUCGAGGGCCUGUGUCUGUACUCUGAUCCGAAGGUGACCUUCUGGCGGUAUGACCUUGAGGUAGCCGUUCGGAGCGAAGGAAGUACGUGGGAGUAUGGGUUCAACUGUGGGAAGGGACCGAAGGUGAGCAUGGGAGAGCAGGUGCCCGAUCCUAAGAAGAAAGGGAACCUUCCAGGGGAGAAGAGGGAGUUGAGGGAAGGGUAUCGAUUCGUGAUCCCCGCUUUUGAGGAGAGUAUGAGGAUCAUGUUCUUCUCAUGCAAUGGGUUCAGUGUUGGGACGGAUGAGAAUGCCUGGACUGGGCCGGUGCUGUGGAAUGAUGUGCUGAGACAGCAUAAGGAGAGACCGUUUCAUGUUAUGAUUGGUGGCGGCGACCAGCUCUACAACGACGGCAUCCGUGUCGAUGGGCCGCUCGCGGAAUGGGCGGAUAUUGCGAAUCCCAAGAAACGGAAGGAUCAUCCUUUCCCAGAGGAAUUGCGCCAGAAGUGUGAUGAGUACUAUCUCAGAAACUACCUGUGGUGGUACUCUACGGAGCCGUUUGCCUCGGCGAACUGCGUGAUUCCUCAGCUCAAUAUUUGGGAUGAUCACGAUAUCAUCGAUGGCUUUGGCUCAUACGUCGACCGCUUCAUGAAAUGCGACGUCUUCCGCGGCAUUGGCGGCACCGCGCACAAGUAUUACAUGCUCUUUCAGCACCAUCUGCCUCCUCCAGCCAGGACCUACACGACAGGUGGUCCCUCUGCGGCAGGGAAUGAUCAGGCCGGAGGAGCUGGCCAGACAGCCAAUUCUUACGUACACCCUCCGAUCAAGGAGCCUAACUAUAUUUAUGGCCCCCAUCCAGGGCCAUAUGUCGCUGAGCAUACUCACAACAUGUUCGCCCGACUCGGCGCCAGGGUCGCCUUCGUGGGCAUCGACGCCCGUACUGAGCGCACGCGCCACCAAGUCAACCGCCCUGAUACGUACGAAGCAAUUUUCACACGUCUCUACGAGGAAUUCUCCUCCGCGAAGCAAGCUAAGCGUCCCUACAAGCACCUGAUCCUCCUACUCGGCAUCCCCAUCGCCUACCCGCGCCUGACCUGGCUGGAAAACAUCUUCUCCAGCCCGCUCAUGGGCCCCAUGAAGCUCCUCAACCGGCGCGUGGGCUUCGGCGGCAGCUUCUUCAACACUUUCGAUGGCAGCGUCGAUCUGCUGGACGACUUGGACGACCACUACACCGCGCGCACCCACAAGGAGGAGCGCAACUGGUUGAUCAAGAAGCUCCAGGUCUUGAGCGCGCGGUUCUCUGUCCGAGUGACCAUCCUCGGUGGCGACGUCCACCUCGCUGCCCUAGGCCGCUUCUACGCCAAUCCGAAACUCGGCAUCCCUGUUGAGAAAGACUACCGCUACAUGGUGAACAUGAUUUCCUCUGCCAUUACCAACAAGCCGCCUCCGCUGGCUGUCGCAAACCUGCUUGCUAGCAGAAACAAGAUCCAUCAUCUCGACCACGAAACAGACGAGACGCUGCUCAAGCUGUUUGACAAGGACCCAGGUCCCGCAACCAAGACGGCAGGCUACAACUGCGUCACCAUGCCCAGCCGAAAUUUCACCAUCAUUACAGAGAACUCCCCGCAUAACACCACUAUCGUCGAGGCGAGUACAAACAGCACUGCUACCAAUGGCAACGGCAACGGCAACGGCAACGGCGCCCUCCCCGAACUUCAGCCCCCUAAUCCCCUCAACCCUGACGCGUCCUCCCUCCCCCCCGGCUCAAUCCACUCCCACUCCCAUUCCUACCGCCCCCGGCUAGGCAGCUUCCUCUCCUCCCGCUCGCACAAUCGCCCCGCAAGCGUGGACAACCCCUCCUCCGCAGCCUCAACCCAAACCGGCAAUUCCAGAUCUAAAUCCAAAUCCGGGCUCUUCCCCCGCUCUAAACCCGACCCGCGCAACCCCCUCUACGAAGGGGAACUCUCCUGUGGCACGAAACACCGCGCCGCAGACCCAAGGCUGCACGGCAGAGCGGCAAAUGACGGGUCCCUGGACGUGUGUAUCUGCGUGGAAAUCGAUCGGGGAGAUGCAACCGGGAAGACACAGGGGUAUGGUAUGACGAUUCCGGUGUUGGAGUACGAGGGCGAGGUGCCGGAGGAUGUGGGGUAUUUGGUGGAGAGGAGAGCAUCGAUUAUUGAUGGGGAUAAGGGGCGAUAG